AAGUAACUAAACUGGGAGACGAAGGGUCGUGGGUCGCAGGCUAGAGGGCUAACUUCUCCGGCUUCCCAGACCUCGCACCCCAGUCGAGUAAGGGUGCUUCUCCUCUAAAAAACAAAACAAAACGCUGUCCCUGCGAGCGCCCUCCAACGCCUCCAGCGGGGUUACGGAGGCUGCUUCAGAGGCCAUUGACAGGCUGCGUCUACAGAGGCGCGGAGCUGCCCGUGCGCGCUGUCUUCUGGACUGAUUGACCCAAGGGGACUGAGUGCGCGGGCUGGGGGAGUCGAGUGAGCAAGACUAGCUGGGCGCUCUGCCCGACCUUCGCGCUCCGCCAGUGCCUUGGAGAUCCGGGAACGGGCUCGCCUUGGGUCUGGUGCAGAGGAACGGUGUUGGUCCGGGGGAGCGCGGCCUGUGGGGCUGCGGGACUGCUCCCCCAGCACUUGGGGCUUUGCUGAGGAACCGCUGCGCCGCAGAUUCCCGAGAUUACUCAGUCACCUCUGCGGACAGGGAUAAACCGGGGCAAACCUGGCCCAGGUGGCCAGAGCCGCGUCAUUGCUGGGCUGAGGAGAGAGUGGACAAGUGCUGGGCUAGCAAGAGAGGGAGGGAACAUUGUAGGACGCUGCCCCUGAUCCGACUGGCGGCCGAGUGCUGACAGGCGCCAGGUGCGGAAACCUUCCUGCGCCCGGAGACUGCUGAGGACAGAGAGGAGAGCGGGCUGAGUCCGCACCCGCUGCCGGAGGAGGACCGGCACGUUUAAGGUACAAGGAAAUGCUAGAUCUGGUGAUCUCACCCAGUCUGACUGUAAACAGCCAUUCCUCUGAUAGACUGACGCCUAAUCUUUCUGACAUUGGUACCGUGUCUCCUCAUGACAUAGGAGGCAAUUUCAAACAAGCUUUAGAGAUUGUUCCUCCACUCUUCUCACGACGUUAUCCUCAUAUAGUAUCUGUCCAGUCUCUCCCCACCAUGGCAGCCUAUGGACAGACUCAGUACAGUACAGGGAUCCAGCAGUCCACGGCUUAUUCACCGUACCCUCCUCCAGCGCAAGCCUAUGGAAUACCCUCCUACAGUAUCAAAACAGAAGACAGUUUGAACCAUUCCCCUGGCCAGAGUGGAUUCCUCAGCUACGGCUCAAGUUUUGGAACGCCACCCACAGGACAGACCCCUUACACCUACCAGAUGCACGGUGCCUCAGGGAUUUAUCAAGGGGCAAAUGGCUUAACCAACUCAGCAGGAUUUGGAACCAUGCAUCAGGAAUAUCCAUCCUACCCAGGCUUUACUCAGAGCCAAUACUCCCAGUAUUACAGCUCUUCCUACAACUCUCCAUAUGUGUCUGCCAACAGCAUCAGUCCUUCACCUCUUUCCACAUCCACAUAUGCACUUCAGGAGUCUUCACACAAUGUUACCAGUCAGAGCUCAGAGUCACUUUCUGUACUCGAGUACAGUACACACAAUGGACCUUCAACACCAGCAAAAGAUGGAGACACAGACAGGCAACAUCGGGGCUCUGAUGGAAAGCUUCGUGGCCGAUCAAAACGAAGUAAUGACCCCUCCCCUACAGUGGAUAAUGAAAUUGAGCGUGUGUUCGUGUGGGACUUGGAUGAGACAAUAAUUAUUUUUCACUCCUUACUCACGGGAACUUUUGCAUCUCGGUAUGGAAAGGAUACCACCACUUCAGUGAGGAUCGGCCUGAUGAUGGAAGAGAUGAUCUUCAACCUUGCAGAUACACAUCUGUUUUUUAAUGACCUGGAGGACUGUGACCAGAUCCAUGUUGAUGAUGUCUCGUCGGAUGACAAUGGCCAGGAUUUGAGUACAUAUAACUUCUCAGCAGACGGUUUUCAUAGUUCAGCGGCAGGGGCCAACCUGUGUCUGGGCUCUGGAGUUCAUGGGGGAGUCGACUGGAUGAGAAAGUUGGCAUUCCGCUAUCGACGAGUGAAGGAGAUGUACAACACAUACAAGAAUAAUGUUGGGGGUUUGAUAGGAGCUCCCAAGAGAGAAACUUGGCUACAGCUAAGAGCAGAACUUGAGGCCUUGACAGACCUCUGGUUGACACAUGCCCUCAAGGCAUUGAAUUUAAUACAUUCCCGGCCUAAUUGUGUCAAUGUGCUGGUUACCACCACUCAGCUAAUCCCUGCCCUAGCUAAAGUCUUGCUGUACGGAUUGGGCACAGUCUUUCCUAUCGAGAACAUCUACAGUGCAACCAAGACAGGAAAGGAGAGCUGUUUUGAAAGGAUAAUGCAGAGGUUUGGAAGGAAAGCGGUCUAUGUUGUAAUAGGAGACGGUGUGGAAGAAGAGCAAGGAGCCAAGAAGCACAACAUGCCCUUUUGGAGAAUCUCCUGCCAUGCAGACUUGGAGGCCCUGAGGCAUGCCCUGGAGCUGGAAUACUUAUAGCAGAGCCACAGGGAGGUCCUACCCGGGAGUGGCCCUGAGCUUGGCUGCACAGUUCCCACCCCAUGACCCUGCAGCUCUCUUUUCUUCCUGCCUCCCCACUUCAGACUUUGAGGAUUUGGAAGGAACAGAGACUGAGCAGUUGCCCUGCAGUGGGGACCACUUCCUUGGGAGCCAAGGACCUCUGAGAGGAGGAGACAAAGCUACAUCUCAAAGGUUGAACUGGGAGCCCUCCAAGAGGCAGCUGGGGAGGAUCUGACUUUGGGGAUGAAGAUGGAAGUGAAAGGCAGGGAUGUGGCCCAAAACUGAUAGGGGCUCAAUGACCGGGACCUUCUGCAGGACUCACUGAAGGGAAGCAAGAAAUCAUUGAUAUAAGGAGGAGCAGGCAGGCUAAUUUUUUUAAUUUAUGAACUAAUCUCAUUACUCUGGUAUUAUGCUCUCAUACCUGUGAUGGCGGAUUUCUUUGUUGCUGGUUUUGUUUUUUAAACUCUCUUUGGGAUGGGGUUAGGGAGGGAGUGGGGACUUACAGAUCUAACUUAAAGAGAUCUCUUCUUCAAGUUGUACUCUGAGGGACAAUCACACUUUGUAAAUUAGUAAGUGAGGACAUUCAGGGUCAUCAAGAAGACCUAGAGCUUAUUUUUGUUCUUGGAAAAGUCUCCUGAUGACGUGUGAACAGUGCACGGUGCCUUAUGUGGCCAUUUUGUUUUGGGGUUGGGGGGAGGAAAAAGGUGAGGGGAAGCUGUACCAUGUGAGACUGAAUGACAUUGAAUAAAACCACGUUUACAUUUUGA